AUGCCACAAAAAGAAGCAGUCUCGACUCCCAACGCCCCGCCGCCUCUCCCGUUCUUUUCUCAGGCGAUUAAAUGUCAGGGAAUGGUUUAUUGUAGUGGUAGCAUUGGUGUUGAUCCUAAAACUUCGAAACUUGUUGAGGGUGGGGUUGCCGAUAGGACUGCUCAGUCUCUCAAAAAUCUGGCAGCAGUACUUGAAGCCGCGGGUAGUUCGAUUGAUAAUUGCGUCAAAGUUAACGUCUUCCUAACCAACAUGGAAGAUUUCGCUGCUAUGAACAACGUCUACGCCGAGGUGUUUAGCAAAGAACCAAAACCGGUUCGGACAUGCGUUGCCGUUGCGCAGUUGCCGCUGAGAACGGAUGUUGAGAUUGAGUGUAUCGCGCAUUUGUAA